AUGCUGAUUUUAAUUGUUUCACUGAUCGGUUGCAUAUUCGGCCAGAAAAUUCCAAAACAGUAUCAGAAAAUUUGCAACGACAGGACUUGCAAAACAUGCGACAAAUAUUUGGUGAAUUUGAUUAUCAAGAAAAAUAAUGGACUUGAAAUAUCUCAACCAAAUAAAGAUGACAAAAUACUAUCAUUUUGCACUGGAAUCCUCCAAGCGGAAAUCCCAACAGACAAUGGAAAAGUCAUGUGUUGUCACCAUAACGAUCAUGGAAUUCAAUUCGGCUUCGCGGAAGAUCUUUGCAAUAGCAAAGUUGAGCAAGAAGAGGAGUCCAAAAUCAUGUCCCUUAUUGGCGAAACUUGUCCUGGUGGAGAUUGCAAUGAUCUUCUACUGGAAAACAGCGAAACAAACGAUCGCAACACGAACAACAUAAGAUUCGCCGCCAACAAAUGCUUCGAAAAAGAAUCCGCUAAAAUGAUCAAAGUUUUAUACUUCCUCGGCAUUGGAAUGAUGGCUUUUGCUUGUGUCGCUUUAUUCAUGGCUUACUCCCGCCAUCGAGCGCCAGACUUCAGGGCUUACCAAUCUGAAAUCGUGAAGCAAAACGAAAAAAUGCUAUGUAAUCGAGAUCUUGAAAAAUCAGAAGGUUUCGGAGAUCCCAAACCUGCUAAAUCUUCAAGGCCUUCUGGACAGCGAGAUGAACCAAAACAAUGGGCCUGCAGACUGUCUAACUCCUCUGAAUCCUUAAGGUCGUUGCCUUAG